ACGUGAUCAACAAGAAGUAAAGAAAAAUUAUAUUUGUUUUUCUAAUUUUUGUUUUUCUGCUUGAUUAAGUGGCAAGUCCGAGCGAUUUUCAACGUUUACACAAUGCUCUAUCAACUAAUCUAAAAACGAUUAGUGAUAAUGUUACGGAUCUUGAAAAACUUGCUCAAAAGUUAGGUACACCAGAAGAUAGUGAACGAUUACGUGAACGUUAUCACCGUCUUCAAAAUGAAACAAAAAAUAUAAUGCAACAAACAAAUGAUGCUCUGCAAGGACUUAAUAAUGCUCGUGUAUUAACAGAAGCUGAUCAGAGACGUAAAAAAAUGUUAACUGACACUUUACCAAAACAAUAUUUAGCAACGUUAAGUCGUUUUCAACAAGCACAACAUAUUGGUGCACGAAAAGAAAAAGAAAGUCUUGAUCGUGCGCGGGCUAUCUCAUUUCAUCAAUAUGGAGUAUUAGAUUCACAAUUAGCUGGUGAUUUUGUUUCUGGUCCAACAUAUGAUCAACUUCAAAGACAAGCUGUUUCAUCUAUUGAACAAGAAGUCGAUAUGAGAGCAUUAAGAGAACGUCAUGAGCAAUUACGUGAACUUGAGGUAAAAGAAAUUGAAUAUUUUAAAAUGAAAAGUGGUUGA